AUGACACGUGUUGCUGCAUUGCUUCCAAACCGGCGACGUAAAACAACCACACUUAAUCAUUACGGACACGUAAAGACCAAGCCACGUGAUCUGCAAGCACGUGUUCUGUCACCAACUCGCCGUCACAACCCCCAGCCACUGGGCUUGGUUUAUCAAAGUCCUCUGCAAUCAAAUGCUCAGGUUUGGCACUGGAUUUGUGUCUGUUUGAUUGUUUUCAUUUAAUAGAGUUUUAUAUAGAAGAUCAAUAAGAACGAUAAGUAAGUCAAUUACCUCCAAAGACCGUAAAGGUACCACUGUACAAUGAUGGAUCCAGUUCCGCCUUGAUUAGAAAGCUAAAGCAGCGACGUUUUAGAACCACGAACGUCAGACAAGAGACUUGUUGCACUCUUGAGCCGUGAUUUUCAACAAAAUUUUGGUCCUGUUGACGUGCGUUGCUCAAACCGUCACUGCUUAAACUCCCUUUGUAACAGAGCAGUUGUAAGUCCACUGCUUGGAAUUGGGGUGUUGGGUGGGUGGGCGGGGCGAGGGCUGUGGGUACAACCGUAUAGGUACAUGCUGUAGGAUAAAGUAUGGACUAUGAUGAGCUAUGUCCUUUAAUAAGGUAUUCCUUUUGGUAAUGUUUAACCAAGGCCAGGAAUUAAGGACCUUCGCAGCACACGCCUAUCCCAACAGUGACCGGAGUAUUCCUCGUGUUUACUGCUGGUCUUAAACGCUCCAAGUCAUGCUGAUGAUCUUAACUUGUUGACUAAAUCAUCAAAACAUUUUUAAAAUCAAAAAGGAGUUGUCGCGAGACGUUAUUAACCUCGUUUCCAGAGCUUUUUGUUUCGCUCUCAUUUUCCAAGGGAAAAGCCCUGGGAACGCGAUUGGAGACGUUUUAGCAGUAGGUACAGUCAAGUUCUAAUCCUAUUCAUCAAAUCGUACACAAACUACCGAAAUUUUCUCUUAUACAUCUAGUAAACUAAAAAUUAACUGCUUUUUACCUCAGGGCUAAGUUCUAUACCCACUUCUCUUUUCGCAUUAUAUAUUUAAAAUGACAUCUGAUAUUGUUCGAACAAACUCCAAACUCAAACUCGCCUCAUAUAUUAUUUUUGCGACAAAAUAUUCUUGCUUUCUUGUGUUUACUUGAUCCAAGAAACAAGGGAGGGGUUCCCAGAACGAAGAAUGCUGACAAGCACUGACGUUUUUUUCAAACAGCCCUAUGCUAUAUGGAACCCAGACUUCCGCCACACUCGUGCGAGAUAUUCAACACUUGUAGGACAUUUGGGUGAGUUGAUUUUAUAAUACUGAACAAAAUAAGCCGAUCAUAAAUGUCUAGAUUCCACUUAUUGUACAUAUUUUUAUAUUUUUCCUCUAACUUAUUUUUUAGAGGGCCGUAGUGUAAGUUAGAAAACUGCAAAAGGUUAUUAAGUCUCCCUCUUUAAAUAAAGUUAUUGUAUUGUAUUGUACUGUGGAAUCCCGCCAUAACGAAGACCCCGUUAUAACGAAAAACAUCUGAAAGCCCGGCAGAAUUACGGUAAAAUAUGUGGAAACGAACCCCGCUAUAGCAAUAGAUUUUGACGGUCCCAAAGCACAAUUCAACCCACUGUAACGAAUAUUUUGUCCGGUCGCUCGCAGCAGUCAGUAAAAACGACAGAUUUGAGUAGAAAUCACAGCUUGCUUUGUCUUCAUUGUCACCGCUUUACACUUACAGUUUACAGUAUCAAAUGGAUAGCAAAAAUGUUUUCUACUUGCAGUCCUCAAUUUUUGGCAAUUACUAUUUAUUAAAUUACCGUGCUAUAACGAAUAUUUUUCCUGUUAACCAGAUAAUAGCAAAGACCCCGGCGUUAUAACGAACAAUUUCUUCGGUACCUUGGCACUUCGUUAUAGCGGGGUUCCAGUGUAUUGUACUUAUCAAGGGGCCUUCGUAGUUUGUAUCCACUUCUAGACACCAUCGUUAUAAUCCUCCCUCAGUUCUCCCCCUUCUUGACCAUGCUGGGAGAUCUGGCCACUAGAAAGCCCCUUCCACCUAUCUCGUGCCUAGAUUUCCCACCUACCGACAAACGCCAGUGAGAUAUUGGCCUCCCACGCUGACGUUCUUAGGGUGAACGACGAACCAAAAAAGCGUCUGUGUGAAAGGCUAGUGAGAUCUGAGUGAGAGAAAAGUUUGAGAUAACAGGUUUCAAAUUAUUUUCACGACACUCUCAUGCACGCUCCGACGAAACAACUUGCUAGCCUACGCAGACUUGCGUAAGUUGACAACAAUGAAAGUCAGAAGCGCGCGAAACGUCAAAAGGGCGAUCUUACAUUUGUAUAUCUUGAUUAGAGGAGCUUUAUGCAAAAUGAUCUAGUUAUUACCAAAUAAAAUGAGUUUUGGGCAUGCACCAAUUCUCCAAAGUUUUAUUCCUUCCCGCUAUAGAUUUGACAAACUUCUCUAGUGGCCCCAUAUCUCAAAUGACUCCGUUUGAAGAGAGAGGUACGUCUGCUUAUAUAAACUCCUCAAAAAUCAAAACUAUUCCUUGGAAACGAAGUUUAUUCAGUAGUCUUGGAUUAAUUCCAAGCAAAAUCAUCGCAGGCUUGAGGUCGUAAAGCUUUUUAAAAGGCCAGUAUAUAUUAUGUUACACUGUAAGUAAGUAGUAAGUUGCCAGCUUUCUUUCACAGCGUAAACUUCGCAGAUGCGUCUUCAUUAUCUUUAGUACCGUAAAUUUGUUGAUUCCAUUAAAAAUGAUUACCUGGGGAUAAAAGGAAAACAUACCGAACUAAUGAAUUAUACAAAGCUGUGUUAGAUAUAAAGAAUAACAAAAGCCAUAAGAAGCAUCGAGAGGAACCAAAACUGUCAGCUGAACUCAUUGGUUUGUACAUGUCUGUUUUAAGCUUUCUGUUAGUUGCUACGAUAGAAGCUAACCUUAUUCUAAGGUCCUAAUCGAAGCCAACCUUCUCUUCUAAUAGGGGGUCCACCGACAAUUAACUAUAGUCUCCAGUCCACUUCACGCUUUAGUUAUAGAGACCCUUCCCAGUAUACUUUGGGAGGAGGAAAGAAGUGGCCUAGCCAUCGUCCCUAUCGACCUGAGCCAGACGGUCCGGCCCUUGGUAUAAGUAAGUGGAGUAAACACAAAAUAUGUGUUAAAUUUCGCAGUUUGUGAUUUAAAAUGGUCUUCAGUGAAGUACAGGUUUGAACUGAUGGAGAAAUGAUUGUUUAGUAGCUACUGCCAUAGAUGUGACAAGUUGACACUCCUGUUCUCUUUUUUCUCUCUUUUUAAUAUGUUGAUCAUCGACGCUGAAUAAAAUAGUAGCCAUUUCUUUUCUACGUCAGUCUCUCAGGCUAUGGCCACACUACACUGGAAAUAUAGCUCUUGCGAAGGCAAAAAAUACAAUAAUUAUUAGCAAUUAUUGAAUGAGGCCGAGUAGGAUAUCAAGAAUUCUGCGGAUCGAGGAGGGUGUUAUCCACCGUUAUCCACCCUCCGAGAUCUGCAGAUUUUUUAUAUCCUACGAAAGCGAAUUCAAUAAUUACUUUAUUAUUCAUUCAAAAUAAUUCCAAGUUUAAAUACAAGCUAAAAUAUGCAUAUGCUUACCUCGGUCGAAGUUAAGCUCAUAUCGAUAGCGGGAAAUUUAGGAGAUAAAGCUCUGUUCAGGUCUGCUAAUAUACUCCAAAUAGCAGAUGUCGUUCGUCGAAUUGUCUCCCUGCUGUUCUUGCCAUGUUUUUAAACAAUAUUUCGCCGUGGAACGAGUAAAACGUUCGCUGACUGUUCACUACCAACAACUCAACCUCGUCAUCGUCAUCGGUUCAAUAUGACAAAAUUCUUCCAAAUUUGUUCAACAGUAGCUGGUUAUGAUGAAUUAUGCGUGUGCUUUUAGCCAAUCAGAAACGGAAAAAUAUUUUGAAUGAAUAAUAAUAAUAAUAAUCUUGCAAUCGUUGUAAAUAGGAUUUUAAAAGUUAGCAUUGUUGUCAAUAAAAUUUAUUAUUAUUAUUAUUAUUAUUAUUAUAUAUCGGAUAGGAAUAACGUUCACUGAAUCACAGAUCCAAACGGUGAUUUCGGCGCGUUUUCUUAACGGAUCGCCGAUCUUGAAAGUGGAUCGUCACACAUCGGAUAGGUUUCUGUUUCACUCUUUAGCGCAGUGUGAGCAGAUGUUCAUACUACACCUUGAUAUAGCUUGCGAGCAAGUUCUCCUUUUCGAGUAAAGUGCUAAGCGAGCCGCGAGGGGCAGAUAGUCUUUUUACCUGUUCCCUACCUCUUGCAUAUCGCGUCUCCUUUCGCGUUGGACUCUUGCGUGACUCCUCCCGACUCCCCUAAAUGGAGAGCUUUCUUGCAGGCUAUACUUGAGAACCUUGAAACUGGCAGUAAACUGAGCCGAGUAAAGUUUGGCAAGUACUUAUGGGACUGUUGUCCCCAGUAACGAUCCCAGAAACAAUUGCGGCAUUUAUUUCGGCCCCGGUUCCCUUCACGCUGAAAUGACGCACAAUGCUCAUCACGUUUUUGCUCUUUGGCCAUAGCGUAAUUUCCUUCGAAUCGAGGUCCUUGAUUUUGUGUAUUUAUACAAGCGUACUCAGCUCUACUCAAUCAAUACAGAAACAAAUCAUGGAAUACGGUGUAAAAGUAGAGAUCCCGAAGAAUACUCGUCCGUCGAUAAAGUAGAAAGUGAGAAAAUUUUAGCGAGGAAAUCCUGUUUCGUUUAGAAUUAUUCGCUUCUUCAUUUAUUUCUUAUUUCAUCUCCCAGUAGGCUCGACCUUACGCUUUCAAGAGCGUCUUGUUGCAUUAAGUAUGUCACAACUAAAUGGACACCUUAUCUCCAGGGCUGAAUACCCUUUUUGAAGGAGUAUUUUACUUUAUGUUCGUUUGUUUCUUAUACAGUUCCUCCGGGUCUCCCUCGGUUGUCAGAAGACAGAAAUGUAGUCAAUGCUCGCCAGGGAACUGAACAGGUAAUUCCUGCAAUUCCAGGCCAUUAUAACAACUAUUGUACAUGUGUUCCCCAGCUGUCAAACUACGCGUUAAGCGCGUUAAAAUAUCUUGAAGGAUCAGGGGCAAUCUUAGGAGUGAUUUUUCGAUGCACGCCGGGUUCUAUCUAGGUCAUUUGAGGGGAAGAAGUCCCCCCCCCAAAAAAAGGCCCAGAUUUCCCCCAAAAUAUUGUUAUCAUUACAAUAUAAAAGUAACUAUAUUGGAAGAAUCAUCCAGACGCGACAAGGUCAAUUCAGGUGAAGAAGGUAUUACCUGUCUAAGGACACGACAAGGAACAUGAUCACGACAAUAAAAUAAAAUAAAAUAAAAUAAUAGUGCAACAUUUCUCAAAAUUGUGUCUCAAAAUGCACCGGAUUGCAUCUCAGCACAUAUUCAUUUCAAAACAUUUCUGCUGGGGGCAUUCCCCCGGAUCCCGCUAGGAAGCUCGUGACCUUCAGCCACUCCGGCUUUCUCCCCCAAACUAUAAAUCCUAGAUAGAAUCCUGCACGCGAGGCACCUUGAAAAGAGAAAAGAAGCGGACCCAGGGGCAUUUUUCUGUUGAUCCUUCCCACGGCUCUUUAUGUUAACAUGUAAUCAUCCCAUGUUCCCUUACGCCCACGGCCGUCCGUCUCUGAGGCAGGGCCAUAGAUCCUUUUAAAAAAGCCAUUUGUUUGAAAACGCACACUUCUUAUCUUUUCACAAUUUAAAGAUGUACUUCUACGUAAUCCGGACGAAAAAGGAAAGAUCAGGCCUGGAAAGCAUUUUUUCACAUCCAUUCUUUAAACGAUGUAUGGAAGUUUUGCCAAAGUAGGCCAACAUACUUCUCGAUCUUGUAAAGUUUUAAAAGUUCCACUUAAAAUCGCAUUUCAGAUUUCUGCUUAUAAACUUGGUUCGAUGAAAUAGUUCUUCGAGACUGAAAUGUUUUUAUGAGUUUUGAGAAACGCCCUCCUGAGCUGAGUUGUUACUUCAAAAGGUGUGUUAGCUCUAAAUCUGGGUUAACCGGAAACGGGGCGUGUAAGUUUGACUCUGAAACAGAUGGCAAAAUUAGCUGAAGCGUAAAUAAGAAGGCAGAAGCGGGGCAAUAAAGUAUUGCAUGUGGAAAGGUUUCAUCCUCUGAGUAUCGACAUGCAAACUGCAGACACUACCACUAUUCCAAUUUUUUCUCGCGCCUUGGGCACGCUCGUUCUAGCACAGGUGACGCACACUCUGUGGGAGUUCGUUAAACUGACUUUAUAAGAGAAAUGAAAAUAAGCAAAAUACGUCCUAAAUUCCAUUUUUUCACAAAAAUAGAAAUAAAAACGACUCACCUCGUGGUUUUGUUUUGUUUCGGGUGAGUCAUUUUUAUCUCUAUUUUUGUAAAAAAAUAAAUGGAAUUUUGAGGUAUUUUGCUUAUUUUCCUACAUUUUCUUAUAAAGACAAAAUCUAACGAACUCUCACAGAUCCUGGGAUUGUUCCAGUGUGCAAUUGUAGGGUAAAAAGAGUUCUUGUAAUAAUCACGUGUACAACGUGGCUGCUCAGAUCGAUGACUGAGAGACGAGAACCUGGUGUGGACAAAAAGAAAAAGAAAAAAGAAAAAAGCCUGUCGACGAACAGACUUAUUCACUGACUUGAUUUAAUUAAAUGAAGAACCGAAAUGAUUUUGUUAAUUUUUCAGAAGCCAGAUAAACACGUUUGGAGCAACGCGGCCCUAAGAGAGGUGUGGAGAUCAACAGGCCAUCCAAACAUUGGUUGUGAGCCUUGA